AUGGCUCACCGAGUCGCAUGCUGCAGCGGCCUAGCAACAACAGCUCCUGCUGGUGCCAUGCUCCCGCCCGCCACGUCAGCACGCUCUCUGGAUCUCCGCCGCUCUCUGCUAUCCCCAACCUUCCCGAGUGCCAUCGCUCCGCACAUAGCCACCUCCUUCCCCGCUCGGCGCGCUUCAGUCUCCCCCCGCGCGCAAACCUCCGCCGAUGCCGCCACGCGCACCACCGGCGCGCAUGCGCCUUCGUCCUCCACGAAUUCCCCAGAGUCCGCGGAAGCAUCCGCGCGAGAAGCAGCUGCGCUAGAGGCCGCGGCGGCGCGCGUAAUAACCCUCUCGAGCCGCGAUGAAUUCGAUCGGCUGAUGGCGGAGGCUAAGAACGCAGGGCGACUCGCCGUAGUCGAGACUACUAUGUCUACCCUUCCAAAUACCGACCGGAUUUACAAUACCCUCGUGGAAACUGCGCGGAUGUUUCCUAACGCGGUGUUCCUGCGCAUUUUCGCGGACAAAAGCGCGGAGCUGCGGGGGUUGGCGCAGAGCAUGCAGUGCGCGCGCGUGCCGUCGUACGUGCUGUUCCGCGAGGGGCAGCGCGUGCACGAGGACGCGGGGAUGGACGCGGAGCGGCUGCGCGCCGAGCUGCUGUAUUACACCGCGGAAGGGCCCGUGCUGGAGGUGCACUCGGCGGAAGAGUUCCGCGCUCUGAUUGAGACUCACAUGGACACGGACAUGCUGGUGGUGAUUGAAGCAACGCUCACCUUCUGCGGCCCCUGCGUGCACAUCCACCAAACCGGUAGUGAAAUGCUAGUGGUCAUCGAGGCAACGCUCACCUUCUGCGGCCCGUGCGUGCGCAUCCACCAAACAGUGCUCAACCUCUCCCACCGCAUGGCAGGCCAUGCCGUCUUCGCCCGCUUCUUCGGCGACUCAGCGGACUGCACCAAGGAUUUGAUUCGCGAGCUGGGGGUGGUGGAGGCACCCACGUUUCUGUUCUACCGGCGGGGCGAGCUGCUGGGGCGCUAUGUGGGGUCGGGCAGGGGGGAUUUGGUGGGGGAGAUUCUCAAGCACCAGGGGGUGGUGGUCAGCUGA